GACCUUUGACCUGACUGAUUGCCCUUUGAGUACGCCAUUUUGUUUCAUUUCGUAAGAAAUAUCAUAUCUGACUUCCAGCAUUUUUACAGUGUCACAAACACAGCAGACGACCCGUAACCUAACAGGUAAGCAAUGGCCGAGCCAAAUUGUGGAUCUCCUUUGAAAGAAUCGGCAAGCGGGCAUCGUGGGAAGGAGACAACCAACAGUGGGGAACAAAAUACAGACCCGGACUGGCCACAGGACGUUCCGAUGGAGAGAAUGGGUGACGUAGAGCUUGACGUAGAGCUUGAUGAAGGAGGCUCUUCAAAUCCACAUGUACCGGUCAGUGCAGAACACAGAAGAAAGCAAGGGGCAAAAUCUUAUAUAGAUCACAUUUGUGAGAACUGCGGGCAUAGGGUAGCUUGUACGGCCAACACGACACCUCAUGUAAGAAAACGUACAGGGGAAGAAUCUGUCAAACUUGACCAUUCUUACUACUCUGCUACGGAGAAAGACAAAGUUGACAAACGCGUCUUGACGAAAUACACCGAUGUCAAACAUAACGGUGAGGAGACUCACACGUGCGGUGAGUGCGGAUACAAGGCACGUUUUAGGUCUCAGCUUAUCAGACACAUGAGAAAGCAUACAGGCGAGAAACCCUACAAAUGUGAGCAGUGUGAGUAUACUGCUGCACAGAAAGGUCACAUAGACCAACACGUGUUGUUAAAACACAGUAAUAAGAAACCCUUCAUGUGUGAUGAGUGUGGAUACACUACGAGUACAAAAUUUGUCCUUUUCCGACACAUGAAAAAACAUUCAGGUGUGAAACCUUACAGGUGUGACCAAUGCGAUUUUUCCACAGCAAGGAAAGAAUCCUUAACUCAACACGUCAGAGCAAAUCACACAGGUGAGAAACCUUACCUGUGUGAAGAGUGUGGGUACAGGACGGCGUUUACGUCUGACCUGACACGUCAUAGGAGAAAACAUACCGGUGAUAAACCUUAUGUUUGUAUGGAGUGCGGGUACAGGACGGGUUUUAGAUCGUCUCUAUCAAGACAUAUGAGGACACAUACCGGUGAGAAACCCUACAAAUGUGACCGGUGUGAUUAUUCCGCUGCAGAGAAGGGUGAUUUAAAACAACACGUCAUGGUGAAACACACUAGAGAAAAGCCCUACGCGUGCGAGAAAUGUGUAUACAGAACGACUAACGGGUCAGCUCUAACCCGACAUAUGAGGAGACAUACCGGCGAGAAACCCUACAAAUGUGACCAGUGUGACUAUUCUGCAGCACAUUGGUACAGCUUGAAGAAACAUAUGGUUAAGCACACAGGUUAAGAACCCUGUUCGAGAAUUAUUUUUAUAUAUAUUUAUUUAUUGACAUUCUCCAUAUACAUAUACAAUGGAGGGUAUGGCGGAACAGGUGUCAGAAGACGCCUGUUCAAAGCCACCAUACCGAAAUCAUAAGAAAAUGAAACAACAAAAUACAUGUAAAUACAAUAUAAGAACAAAAAAGCAAAAAUCAACGUUAUACAAAUGUCUGACUAAUUUAAGAGCAGUCUACCAUGGAGAGUGCAAUGACGGAGCAGGGCAAAAUCGCUGGGUAUGAAUGAUGAAAAAUUUAGAAAAAAAAAACUUUUUAAAAUACAACGCAACAUGAACAGCCGUUACCCUUAAUGUUUUUCACCUUUAUGUAUACUUUGUAUGUCGUGAUUUAAUACAAUUAAACAUGUUCAAAGCAACGCCAUCAUUGCCUUCACAGUUUCU